GUGUCCUAAUGCAGCAGCGCUUCAUGACCAUGUGCGCACUGUACUUCCACCUUUUUCAUACACAAGUGUUUACAUCCCGCACGGCUCCGCUUACAUAAGUUACCUACAUGCGGUGCGAGGGCUACACUGCAGCUCCGCGGGAUUUACGUUGAGAUAAACCCGGAGUGCGGUGCGGGAGCCGGGCGAGGAGGUGGUUUUUUUUUUUCCUUCCGCUCGGGAGGGCGACGGGAGGCGGCUCGACGCGCGGUGCCACGGGCUCGGGAACCUGAGACGGAGUGGUACAACGGGAGGGCGGCUCGUUUUGUCUCGGCGAGGAGGGGAGCGGAGUGAACCAGACUGGGUGGAGCAAACACAUCGCCCAGCCCCAUCUAUCGUGCAGACGGCCUUGUGUCCCGUUCGCCCGGAGCUCGCAGAGACGGUGAGAGUCUGGCGGACGGAGAGAGAGGGGGCCGGUCUAUGGGAGGGACUAGCGCAAAGGGGGGAAUAGCAAGGAGGAGGGGGCGGCACGGGUGCUGUUUCUCCAGUCUCUUUCCCCUGUCUUUGUCUCACACACUCUUUUGUUAGCCAUGCCUAGCCUGCUGGUUCUAGCAGGGAUCAUGGAGAAAAAUGGGGGCUACGGCGGGGAUCUGGCCGGCUCCGGCUUCGGCAGCGAGGGUCUCCUUGUGCCGCCCGACGAGGAGGAAGACGACUCCCGUGCCCUCAGGGUCGCGCUGGGCCAGUUGUCUCUGCUGGGGCUCGGGGAAGGCGAGGACGGCGGCGGAGCCCCGACCACGGGAGUACAGGACCGGAGCAACAAUAACAACAACCACCACAACCACACGAACAGCGUCGGGGGUGGCGGGGACACGGCGAUCCUGCAAGGGAAGAGCAAGUUGUGCGCCCUGUACGAGAGCUCCUCAAGUGAGACGAAGGGACGAGGCUGCAACAUAACAGAAUGCGUCCCAGUGCCCAGCUCCGAACAUGUGGCCGAGAUAGUGGGGAGACAAGGUUGCAAGAUUAAAGCCCUGAGGGCCAAGACCAACACCUACAUCAAAACCCCGGUUAGAGGAGAGGAGCCUGUGUUCCUAAUCACUGGCCGGAAGGAGGAUGUUGCACUGGCCCGCCGUGAAAUCAUCUCUGCUGCAGAGCACUUCUCCAUGCUCCGGGCGUCCCGCAACAAGCUGGGGGUGUCCUUCAGCGGCUCCCCGCCCACACCUUUGCCAGGUCAGACCACCAUUCAGGUGAGAGUGCCAUACCGUGUUGUGGGGCUGGUAGUGGGGCCUAAAGGCUCCACCAUCAAGCGCAUCCAGCAGCAAACCUGUACGUACAUCGUCACUCCCAGUCGAGACCGCGACCCUGUCUUUGAAAUCACGGGGUCACCGAGCAACGCCGAGCGCGCCCGCGAGGAGAUAGAAGCACACAUCGCCUUCCGAACAGGAGGCCUGCAUGACCACAAUAAUGAGAAUGACUGUAUGGGGCCGAACGGUGGAAGCAGCCCGGCGGGCAGCAGCGGUGGUCUGGAGAGCCGGCUACAGCAGGUGUGGGGUCUGCAGGGGGGCCAGCGCAAGCCUCUCACCAGCAGCUACCGCCAGAACUUCUCAGAUGCCAUGGUCGGAGGGGGAGGGGGAGGUGAGGGAGGGGGAAUCUACAACAAGAGCAACUUCUCCAGCUCUGGAGAAAAGAAUUGCUCUUAUUUUGGAUCCGAGGGGACCCAGAGCUGGGGCGACCCCGACUACCCCAAACAGGUGGCCUUCUAUGCCCAGCAGCGUUCCAAGAGCUUCGGAGGCCUCCCGCUCCCCCUGACCAGACUCUCCCCUGGCUUAUCCGAUUCCUGCGGAGGUGGAGGUACCAACAACUCCUCAGUCACCAGCAUUGUGCCCGUAGCCGGCUCACCUCAUGCCCAGGCCCGCCGCGCCCACAGUGAGCCCACUUCAGCCGGCGAGGGCUUCCCAGGCCGUCUGCCAGUUCCGGACUCGCCACCGGCCAUCGUGCGGGACUGCAUGACCUGCUUUGAGAGCAAAGUGACGGCUGCCUUGGUGCCCUGUGGCCAUAACCUCUUCUGCAUGGAGUGCGCCAUCCGAAUCUGUGAGCUCAACCACCCGGAGUGCCCAGUGUGCCACACCCAGGUCACACAGGCCAUCCGAAUAUUCUCUUAAGGAACCACAUCAGUUUUUAUCAUUAGUUUUGUCAGUGUUUGUUCAAUAAUAAUUUGCUGUUAUUAUGAUUAUUAUUAUAAUACACACUUUUGUUUUUCAGAAAAUUUAAAAACAAUCAAGCAGAUAUUUUAGAAGGCACUGCUUGCUUUACUAAAAAGUAUAAGAAAUAUUUUUAAGUUUUUCUUUUAUAUAUAUAUAUGCAUAUAUAUUUUAUAAAAGUUUUGUUUAUAAGAGAAGUAUAGUACCCUGCAUUUUCAGUUUUUUGACUGCUGCUGUUUUUCAUUCAUGAAUCACAGAGUAGGCAGAGGUAGUAAUGUGAACAUUUUAUUAUUCAAAUUUUUAUUUUAUCAUGAAGUGGGUUUAUACUGAAGAAAGAAGAUGAUUGUUGAGGUACCCAAUCUGCACCCGACUGACCUAGAAAGUCAAUGUUGUUAUUAGAAGGGAAACAAAUAGAAUUUUCAUUGCACCUUACAAUCAUCUGGGUCUAAAAUAGGAUUGUCAAUCAUACCUUGAAAUUUCAGAAGCUGAUGUGAAGGUGAAUUCAGCCUUUCCCCCUUUGACUGUGAUUGUGGUUUGAUAUAAUUGGUCCUAAACAUUCAUUUCAACAGAAUGAAAAUGUGAAUUAAUUGGUUCUUGUCAAAGCUUUGUAAUCUUUACGAGGAAACAAAAACUGCCCCUUGUUUCAUCCUUACACCGUUUAUAGUCUUAUACACCAGGUUAAUGCUUAAAAAAAAAAAAAAGAGAUGGGACGUCACAUCAUUUAUUUAGAGUAAUAAGUUAAAUUUUAUGGGUAUCAUUAUUCAGAGGUAGAUGAAAGCGAUCAGUGAAAAUUGUUUUCCAGUAGCCAUUGAUUACACGUUGGUCACUGCAGUUUGUUGAAAAGAUUCAGUAAUGCCUGCUCCUCGUGGCACUUGAAAAGCAUGUGGUCCCUCGGUUGGCUUAAAGCACUGAUUUAAUUUGUGAGGCCGAAAGCCUUGGAAUUCAUCCAGUUGGCUAGUUCUCGACAUCUGUCUCCCCGAUGGACUUGUUUCAAAGCCACCUUAACCGCGCUUUAUUGUCUUGUGUGGUCAUUUGGCCACAGCCGUUGAGCGAUAUAGGACAAAGCGAGAGCCCCAGUCAACAAGCGUUUCUCCGAGGCGUGCGCAGUAAAUAAGGAGGAGAAUUAGUACGUGGACAGAAGCUGAGCAAAAGUGUAAAAAUGUUUCCUGAAUCAGCAGCGCACUCAGAUCAAAACAGUUGACAGUGUAAAAUACACAGUCCCAAAUCGGUAAUCCUUACUCCACGUCCCCAUUACUAACAGCAUUAUGUGAGAGCUCGGAGGGGCCUGCUGCCUCCCCCUGUAAUUAGCAGAGCUGGACAGGAGCAGGUGUUUCAUGGCACAGUGUGGCUGUGACCCCAAAUUGGAAGUCUUGCCUAGCCCCCUUUCUUUCUCUCCUUUCUUCGGGAGUGGCUUUUAUGUCUCUCCUGCUUACAGUUCGAUCGCUCGCUUUCCGAGGCCUCGCCAAGUGGGGCGUAUUGUCUGGGCCCGGUUGCAGCGUGGGCCGCGGAGCGCUUGGACACGGCCUGGAUCUACUCAUUGAUAAUUAGGCAAAUGGGCUGGUCCAGGUGCGGGCCGUGUGUGGACUCUGGAGCUGUACGAGGGGGUGAGACAGGGUCCCGCCGUGAGCCCCUCGCCGCCCCGCCCCACCGUUACAAGCACAGAGGGGGCUGGAUGCAGCUGGGGCGAAGGGGACCCCUCCUCCUCCUCCUCCUCCUCCUCUGCUCUCUCUGCCCCUUACUCCCUCCUUUUUCUUCUCCUUUUUCUGCUGCUCUGAGCCAUCUCUACUGGGGAGAGGGGGCCUCUUUUGUCCGAAAACGCACACACACACAUGCAGAAAAAUUUGAACGACAGAAGCUGUAGUUGCCCGUGAAAACGAGGCAAAUACAGCUCCGAGGCAAAAUAAAUUAUCCACCGUCAUCUGGAGGUGCACCAGUUACCACCUUUCAACGUCACUGUCACAAUUUGCCAUGAACACUUCAAAAUUUAGUAAAAAUGUUCACGACAAAAGAAAGAUUGCGUGAAUUACGAACAAAGUUUCCAUAACGGCCCACUCCCCCCCCCCACCUCACCUCACCCCAUGUCAGCCCGCUACUGUAUGGGACAUCCUGCAGCUGCCCCUUCACUGUGGACCCCCCCCUUGCUUCGAGCUUCCAGAAUGAAAUCAGACAAUUGUAAUUGACAGGAAAGCAGAGGAAACGCCCCAUUUAACCAGCACUCAUGCUGAAUCAAAUUACACACCCUCUGCGUCUGCCUUAGCCCCAGCCUGGGGAUUUCAGAGGGCUGGAGGAGCGAGGAUGGGGGUAGGGAUUAAAGCUGUUGAAUGAUUUUGGGAGAGGAGGGGGGGGCUACCCGAGAAACGGAGAAGUAUGCUCCAAUACAGAUGAGACCCCCGCAGAUCCAGCUAUUUUAUUGAUCAUCCAUGUGUUGCACUGAGUUCUGAGUCGUCACAUGUGGCCCAGUGGUGAUGACAGGGAGCGCUGGUGAUUCAGCAGGAGAACAAUUACACUCGGCUUCUGUCUCGAAACAAAAAAAAACAAACGAACACAAAUUGUGUCAUCCAGAACACAAAGACCCCCCUCUUUUAAAACACAACAUAUAAAGCAGAGCGCUCGCAUUACAGGUGAACUGCAGCGACAGCACUGUACUUGCCAAAAGUACCCCCCCGAAAUCUAUUAGAUGUGUAGAUAAAAGAAGAGUUAUGAUUUUAUGGAUGGAGAAAUUGCACAGUGGUUUGGCCUAAGCUUUUCGACGUCAAAUUCAAGGCAGUGUGACGCUGUCCUUUGAACUUUAGUAUUUUAUCAUUUUGUUUUCUGCCUUAAUAUUUUUUAUGAGAAAUAUCGUCAUUACUUUGGCAUACAAGGUAGCAACUUUGGCCUUUGACAGUUCCGCCCCCUAAACGACUUUUGAAGUACUUAUUUUUGGAGAAAAGAAUGUGAAUCGAAAGGCUCGGACGGGGUUUUCGAGGGAUUCAGGAAAUUAGGCUCUUAAAACACUUUACCUAAAAUAUAGAGUAAAGCACCUUAUCACAAAAGAAAUGCGCAUCUGAUUAAUACCAAACCGACCACUGAUGGUGAAAUAUAUUUCAUAGAAUCUGAAAGACAUGCACGUAAGGAUUCCCUAUCAUUUUCUGUAUUAUGGUGGUUCUUGUUAUUAUCUUUAUACUACAGUAGUACUAGUGGUUAUUUGGGAGACCUCUCGUCCAUUUAGUCCAUGCUGGUGACUUGGUUGAGUUUUGCACUGGUGUAAUGAAGAGAAGGCUUAUUGGAGAUUCUCCCAGUUUAGACGCUGUAUAAGUGAGUAUUGUACUUUAUGGGAAAGCACUCUGAGCAUCUAUGUAAAUACAGUAUGUGUAUCAGUUAUGAACAUCCAAAGGCCCCGCUUGACGUGAGGUUUUGAUUAUUUUUACAAACUGAAAGUGUCAUUGUCAAUGUUUUCUAGCAUAUGGAUUUCAGAAAUGUUUCUGGGUUUUAGGGAGAGAAAAUCUUUAAUAUAUGUGUCCCAUCACCCUUUGACAAUAAUAGUAUAUUAGAUAGAUCCAUACAUUUAAGAAAUAUUAUUAUUUAAACUGAUUAACUUAGUAUUUCAUCCAAAUAUAUAAGUGAGAAAUUAACCAGACACUACUAUAAACUGUAAUAGUGAAUAUCCUUUAUGAAGCCGCUGAUGUAUAAAUCCAAUCUCAAAUAAAAACUCGAAUGAAUAGUAUGUGUAAUAACCUAACCCCGAGUGAAUAAAUCAGUUUCUAUGUAUAUUAGGAUGAAAAGCAAUAAUAGGACUAUACUGGGACAAUAAACAGAGGAGCCUGCUUAGUCAGUUCUUUCAAUAAUAUUCUAUUCAGAAAUCGACCUCCGUUAUUAGGAUAAUACUGCUGCAUUUCUGUCUCAUAUCUGCUUCAGAUUCAUUGUGGAUUCCUGUCAGUGUAGUAACAGGUAGAAUUAAUUAGCAACAAUUUCAGGAUAAGUAAUUGUUCUUGUUGUGUUCAUCAGGGUCUUAAGUCACUUGAUUGCUUUAUUCUAUUUGUUUUUUUUAUUACGUUGAUUAUCAAUCAGAUUUGGGUCGAGACUAGUGUAAGGAAUCCGUCUCCAAAGGAUGAAAACUGCAGCUUAUGUGUAAACAAACAACAAGACCAGAGCACUGAGGUUCAUCCAGUUUGUGUUAAAGAGACGCCAGAGCUGGUGACUUGGAUGGCGUUUUGAAAGCUUUGGUCAUAAACGUACACGGAAGCGGACAGGGCAGCGGGAUCUGAUUCAAAGCACCGGUCACUCUUUCACCGAGGUCAUGCCGACCAUGUGACGAGCUCCGACUCUUCACAUUCUUUUACUUCGUGGUGAAAUUGCAUUCAGGUGCAGACGCGUCGCUUACAGCAUAUCUUAAGAUGUUUACAUUGUGUUUCUGAUUUCAUGGCUACGUUUGAAAUUCUCGCCUCGCUCCUACUCUUCAUCCGUAGUUUCUUUUUUUUGUUGUUGUUGAAAGAAAUAGGUCAGACACAGCCAAAGAAUAAAAAUAACAAGGAGAGGACACGAACUAACUUUUAUCACUCGAGUUAACUUGUUUUAGCAUAAAAAAAAAUCAGCUCCGGCUUAAGAGUUGAUUGAAUUAAAUAGUCUCAUACCUAGAACUGCUCUGUUUACCCACAAGUCUUAGAGGCCACUCAAGUCGAUAUCUGUGAAAUGAAGGCAUAUCAUGUUUCAGUGUUGGAAGAUUAGUUUAAUACUACAGAGGCGCCGGUAACAGACUUACUUCUCCCAAAGAGACCAGCUUACAGCACAUCCUGGCACUUAGAGUCCUUUUGAGUAGUUUUCUAUUGCUCUGGUUUUAUUGUUGAGGGGUUGGGUGGGGUGGGGUGGGAGGGGAGGGCACAGUCAAGGGAAUGUUUUUAGUCCCUCUGAAAAACUUGACGAAGUUGAGAUAAAAAAACAGAAACUGCCCAAGACAUUGACGAAGGAGCUGCGUUGACAAAGACCCUCAGAUUAACAGUGGGAUGCAAACAAGGUGACAGAGUAACCGCGAACAAACCCGCUCAGAGCCACAUGAACUGUAUCCUUGAGUUGAACUGCAUGUUAGUAAAAAUAUAGUACAGUAGGUUAAGAUUUAUCAGGAAAAUAAAAAAAAAAUACAUAGGAUCACAUAAAGAAUUCAUCAGCCUGAUACCUGAAGUGUAUAAAAAAGCUUUAAGACCUUAAAGUUGCCAUUGGUUUCAAAAAUCAUAUAUUUACCGUGUAUUCUAACUAAUUGAUACAUAAAGUUUAAUUAUAACUCUUAAGGAAAUGCUAAGGUGUAAGUUUCAUUUGUCCAACUCGCCUGGUAUGAAAUACGUUUUAGUUAAGCGGAGCGACAAAGGGGGUGGGGGUGACACACAAGUGACAUUUGAUUCGUUAAGUUCUUGUUAGUAUUAUUUACAAUAUUGUAUUAAGCUUACUAUUAUAGUAAUGGUAGAAACUGUUGAUGUUUUUCUUCUCUUGAUAUGAAAAGGUCUUUAUGCAUUUAUGUAGAAUCCCUUUUGAGGAGUGAUAGGAAAUCCUUAUUUUCAAUGGAUGCACUUAAGCAAUUUUACCAACCUGUCAAAAUCACACAUUGAGCAAGUACUGCGUUUGAAUGUAAAAAAGAAAAAAAAUAAGAAAAAAGACCACUCGACUUAAUGCACUCCUUACGCUUAUUGUUUUGUCAAUUUACAAGUGAGCUUUAAGUUUUUGUUUUUUGAUUUUGUUUUGUUUUUUGGGAAAGGAAUUUGCAACAGGUUUUCAACGUAGACUAUAUUUGAGUUCUUCCACAUACAUUUAUAGAAAGUAACUUAAAAAGAAUAAAAAAAACAUAUUACAGUUUCUCAAAUCUAUUUUGCUAACAUGGGUUAUUAUUUCAUAGAAAGCAGAGGAAAAAAAAAUGUCAGUACCUGGAUGUUAUUUAUGAAAAGUAAAAAAAAAAAAAGGAAGCAACAUAUUUAUGAGUAACCUCAAGACAUUUUGUUUUUUAAUUAAAAUUACGAGAAGUUAAUAUAUUUCUAAACACAGGGAAGUCAGUUUCUACUAAUAAGUAAAAUGAGAAAAGAAGUUUAGAAGUUUUAUUUAUGAAAGUUGCGGACGCUCGUCGCUCUCCAUUGCGCUUUGAUGUAAAUGAAGUAAAUGGAGCGGGAGUCGGCCGCGGCUUAAAUUUUAACUUCAGACAUGCGCUACGUUAACAUCGGUGCAUUCACAAUGGAAUAAUUGCAGAAAAUAAUAUAAUAUUUUUUAGAAUUUGGAGAUAUUUUAGUCACAGAGCAUCAAUUUCGUGCCUCAAUGAUAUAUUUUUUUCCUGCAUCAGCAUUCUUUGUGCAGUGCUGCUUGCUGUAACCCCCAUUUCUCCCCUUCAACUAACCCCAUGUUACUGACUGACACACAUUGCUCAUUUCCUCUGUAAUCUAAACUCGCUUUUACUUCUCAGACAUGUAAAACGUGUCACGACUGCAGCGCUUGGGAUGAAUGAGGCAGCUGUGAUUUUCCCCCCCCCCGCCAGUGGGGGCUACACAAAACUUGUACACACUUUCAUUCAUACAUUUUUCCGCGUCUACUACUCAGACAGUUUGUGAUCGAUGACAGCAGAGCAUAAUCAGCUAAAACCAAGUCUUUACCAGAGACUUUACCUAAUGUGCUAAUUAGGAUCGAGCGGAGGCAUCUAGGCGAGGACGAGAGCGCACUGUGUAGUAGAUCUAUGUAACUAGAUGCACACAUAUACACACAACAGAUUCAUUACCGUACUAGGUUGCAUGUAUGUUGUAUGGUCACUUAGAAAUAUUGUGGGGAAACGGUGCAGGUCCUGUGUUUUCCUGUAACGCAGCGCAACCUGGGCCGUUUCUCCUCUGUAGAUUUGCAUAGUUGGGAUCUCUUUGGAAAGUUGACAUGAGUUUGGAGCCACGCAAAGAAACCAUUUCAGUCCCCACGUUUAAAACGAAAAAAAGUUGGCUUUUGUAUUCUCAGCUACCCGUCAGUGAUGAAAGACUGUUCUCACCUCAAAGGAAUUAACUUGAAGUUUAUGUAAGAGUAAAGAAAACUUGACAAAAACGCUACAGAGGCACACGUCCUGCUGCAUGUAAAGGAUGAGGACUGAAGCGGUGCAUGCUGGUGAAACUCGCAACCUUUUCCAAAGAGAACAAUUCAAUCUGACAGUUUGUCUUUGGUAGCGUUUCCAAUUUUUCCAGCACAGUAGAGUUGUUUCAUACCGGUCUAAUAGUGGUCGUAGUGCAUUAGUUUUUGGGCCAGCAUCACCUGGCGUUAGUUUCUCUGUGAACAGUGAAAGAGGGCUGCCUCUGUGGCCCCGUGUUGCUGACCGUCAACUUUGAUGGAUGGGAAAAAAAGAAGUCUUUUGAACUCUGUUACAGUGUGCCAUGCCCGUACAAGGCAUGUGAUAUUGCAGGUUUAUUUCUUAUAGCACAUGUUUUUUUGUGAAUUACAUUUUUUGGAGACAUUUUUAUUAUUAUUAUUAUUAUUGUAUCUGCGCCAUGCUAGUUCUGGUUCUUUGUUAUUUUUCCAAGAUUCAAGAUGUAUUGUAAAUGUUUCUAAUAAAACAAAAAUGAAAUGA